AGGAGUGUAGUGUUGACAUGCGACAGUUGGUGCCAGUGACAUGUAGUUAUCAGUAUAACUAUGGUCAUUCAUUGAGUCUCUGAUGAUAAUAUUUUUUCUUUUUUUUUCUAACAUAAACUUAACAUAAACAUUAACGCAAACCAAACAUUGUCGCAAAGGAAAAUAGAUAUAAAACGGCUGAACUCAGAUGAUUUUGCAGUGUCAUAUCAAUAACAGUCAUGAUGGAUGAGAAAUGGGGAUUGUUUACCUUUUCAACCUGUAAGGAUUUUUGAUUAAAAUAAGCUGAUGUCCAGGCUAAACGUCACCGUGGAGGAUGAGGAGAAGGAGAGAUGCCCAGCUGCUGCUGCCAGUGACACCCCACACUCCUUACCUCAGAGACUGGAUUUGGAAGCAUCCGUCUUCACUAUGGAGACAAGCCCCUCCCCUUCUAGCAAUGGGGCAAACCUCCUGUCGUUGCCUUGGGAGAUAGUUACCCAGAUAGCCUCACAUCUCCCAGCACAGUGUGUCAUUAAUGUGCUGCCACAGGUAUGUCAGACGUUGGGAAAAGUUGCAGAGGAUCGUGUGAUGUGGCAGCUGAGGGCUCAAAAUCUCUCAGGUCCCAGAGCACUAUUCCCAGUCGGGCCAAAGGAGGAUUUUGAUUGGUCUAAGGCCUGCUUGGAAAUGGAGCAGCUGAUUGGCUGCUGGACAGGGCAGGCGAAUCGAGUGGAUAAGGAAGAAGCAGAGGGUGAGAGACAGGAAGAGGCGGCUGGCGGGGCGAACGGUGAAGUGCCGUUAGCUGAGGGGAACUUGGAAGACAUGCAGCUGGAUGUUGAUAUAAAUGGUGCAGCGGAAGUAGGAGAUGAAAAUGUGCAAGUUCAAUCCCAGAAUGCCCCUGAUAGUCCCCAUCUGAUUGAGUCGUCCUGCACUCCUUCACCCUUGGAGCACAUCAUCCUUCCGUCUGGCCACAUUGCAGAUGUGAAUUGUGUCCUUUUGCUGGGAGGAACAGGGGCGUUGUGCGCCUCCGGCUCUAGGGACAGAAAUGUUAACCUCUGGGACCUUCGAGAGGGCUCCAGAGGCACGUUAACGCAUACUCUAGGGGGGCGUGGUACCAUUAGUACCCACCGGGGCUGGGUGUGGUGCCUGGCGUCGAGCGGACCUCUGCUGGCAUCAGGCUCGUUUGACAGCACCGUGAGGCUCUGGGAUCUUGAAGCCGGAGGAGCAGAACGGGGACUCAUCCAGUGCAAAGCUGCUGUUUUAUGUCUGUCCUGCGAGAGGGAUAUGGUGCUGGCAGGAACACAUGAUCAGAAAUUAAGCAUCUUUGACACCCGUGCUGCAGAUCCAUUGGUGAAGAGCCUUCGUCUCCACGGUGAUGCUGUGUUGUGCCUGGUGUCAGAUGACCAGUACAUUAUAUCAGGCAGUAAAGACCAAACCGUGGCUCUGUUCGACCGCAGGGCGGGGAAGCUCCUGCAGAAAGUUCAGCUGAGCUCCUACCUGUUGUCGGUGUGCUACAGCGGUCGCGAGGUGUGGGCCGGGGAUAACCGCGGACUCGUGCACAGCUUCUCCAUGCACAACAGCCGCCUGACGCCCAUAUCCCACUUUAACAUCCACCGUUCACUGGUCACAGGUGUACACUCUUCUCCUGGCACUCUCUACACAUGCUCCUCUGACCGCACUAUCAAGGUCCACCUCCCAUGUGCUCCACCACAGACACUGUGCACCCUUCACCAUCAGGCAGGAGUUAAUGGGUUAAGUGUUGAAGGAGGAACGCUGGCCAUCGCCUCUGGUGACAUGAAUGUGGAGGUUUGGAGGCCCCGAAUCUGAGAGUUUAAAAAGCAUUUGAAUCCAGGGAACAACAGGAACCGAGCAGUUCUUUAACUCUGUAUUUCUAGCAAUUUACCAAUGCAUUAUACAUUCUUGUGUUGCUCUUAUUGGGGAAAAGAUGAAAGCUGUCUGAUACAUGUUUGUAGAAACAAAAACUUGACAUUCCCAGUUGUCCAUGGAUCUCCAUGAAGGGUUCGCACUACGAUAGCACACUAAACAUUUCAGUGCCUCGUAACAGGAACACCACUACUGUUUUCUUUACAACUUACUUUAUAUUUGUUUCCAGUUUGCUUGUGUGAUCAUUACUUGAAAUUUCAACAAAAUUGAUGUUAACAACAUACUUAGACUGAAGACAUGCAGUGAAUUCUGUAGCACAUCUACAGUAUAAUACAGUGAAGUUAAAUGAGUACAAACAAGAAUCAUUAUAAAUCAGUUUUCAGUAUUUAACUCCCUAGAUAUGUAAACUAGGAAAUCGAUUAUUAAAAACUGGUGUGAUUCAGUUUGUUUACUUGUCACUUAUACAAGUAUACAGUUUAGAAAUGAGGCACCAUGCCUUAAAAUGAAUGCACUGUGAGAGAACACUUCAAGACCAGAACAAAUUACUAGUCUAAUUUAAAAAUGUUGAUAUUUAUGAUUUAUUUAUAAUUACUGCAGACAGUGCUGUGGUAUUGCUCUGUGACUGACUGAAUGUCCUGUGAACAAAAUCUCUUUUAUUGUUUGAUUGCUGAUUGUUUUUGUUUUUUUUAAAGCUUUUUAAAUGUACAAUUUGAUAAUUCAGUUGUAUUUGUCAAGGUGUCAUUUCAACACAAAUAAAAAGGAAGAUUGGUGGUGAUUACAGUA